AUGUCGAACAUCACGACAGCAAUGCACAGAGAGCGACCCCGGCACAUCGCAGCCGCCGACAUUAAACAUAUCGCAAGCCAGGCCAGCAACAGAGGACGUGCGCGGCCUACAUAUGGCAGAGCACAAAACCGGCCGCGGCCGCAACAAGAAGCCGCAAAGAGGCACAGCCCCCGAGCGGGAGAUAUCGCACAGAUGAAACCCCUGGGUGGAGGCUUACCCCAGGCCCGGUUUGCGGCGCCGGCCCCUCUCCCCCCCUUGGCCGGCGGGGGUUAUCCCAGCCAUAUAACGGCGACCCGCGCCACGAUGGGGGCUCCUACAUGGAGUGCACGCUUGCCGCCUACACUGGCAAACGCUGUGGAAAGACCAGCAAGCCAGCAGAAGAAGACACAGACACGGAGGGGAAAAGAAAGCACUGGUAGAGUGACAUACAGAUCCCAAACUGCUCAUUGCCUGAAAAAACGGCCCACCAAGGGCCUGGAUGAGAUGAUCGGGAACUGA